AUGGAACUUGCGGCGCCAGAGGCAGGUAGGGAGAAUCCAGAUGGGGCAAAGCUACUGGGAAACCGGACGUCAAAAUUCCCGGGAGCCCUCGAGUCGCCCCUCGAUCGCGAGGCUGAGCUGCAUGAGCGCCCUCUCCUGGCGCGGCCGGAGCAAGCCGCUGGGGAAAAGUUGCUGGUCCAGCAGUACCUAUGUAGGUCAGGCUCGGGCGCUGAGCAAGAAGCCUUUGCCAAGACCGAUGAUCCUGCAGUCCCCAAAGCUUUCAGGUGCCGGAAUUGUGGGCUGACUGUGGCCAGCCUCUCUGACCUCAUUCACCAUCAAAGCAGCCAUGGGUGUGACCGACCUUUCAGCUGUCCAGAGUGUGACAAAAGCUUCCGGCGUGGCUCAGACCUGGUUAAGCACUACAGAGUGCACACUGGUGAAAAACCCUACCCCUGUCCAGAAUGUGGCCGUUGCUUCAGCCUCAGCUCUAAUCUCACUAAACAUAGGCGUUCUCAUUCCGGUCUCCGGCCUCAUAAGUGCAUGGAGUGCGGAGAGGCUUUUGGCCGCAGUGCUGACCUAGCGAAGCACCAGCGGGUACACACUGGGGAGAAGCCCUAUGCUUGUGCUGAGUGUGGUAAGGCUUUCAGGGUUAGCUCCAACCUCAUCCAGCACCAGCGCACUCACACUGGCGAGAAACCCUACCGCUGUGGACUCUGUGGCAAGAGUUUCAGUCUGAGCUCUAACCUUUUACAGCACCAGCGCUGUCACACGGGUGAGAAACCCUACUUCUGUGUCUGGUGUGGAAUCAGCUUUGGGCGCAGUUCCUAUCUGCUGGAACACCAGCGUUCACACACUGGGGAGAAGCCCUACAAUUGCUGCGAGUGUGGCAAGAACUUCACCAACAGCUCUAACUGCCUGAGGCACCAGCGCACUCACAAUGGAGAACCGCCUUUCAGGUGUCUGGAGUGUGGGCGUGGCUUCAGUGAGAGCACCAUGUUCAUUGAACACCAGCGCAUCCACUUGAGCAAAUGACCGACCUUUCCAGAGUGUGGCAAAAUCUUACACCACAGUUGUAUUAAUGUUCACACAUUAGAAGUGUCCUGGUGGCAGCUAGUAUUUUGUGGACAACACCAGCAUAUCCACACAGGCCAAAGACCUCACAUUUGCAGCAAGUGUGCCAGGAGCCUCAGGCAGGUUUCCCACUUGCCACUUGUGUACCAGGUGGUGCACAGUAGCAAGGAGACUUACAUCUGCCUGUAAUGUGGCGAGGCCUUUGCCCGUAACUCCCAAUCCUGUCUAACACCAAUGGAUUACCAGGACGGGAGCUUCUGCAUAUAUCCCUGGCUUCAAUUUUAAUCCAAAUUUUAUUUCUGGGGUUGGUCCAGUCCUGAGAAGCCUGAAGGAACAAGGAUUUUUUUUUUUUUGUAAACAAACCUCUUCUGCAUCCCUAAGGUGGUUUAAUUAAUGGCUGAUAAUAGGGUUCAAUAUUGCCAUUUGGAUUGAGACAGGAACCCCAGGCUAGAAGAACAUAGCACUAGAGCUGUGACUACUACCUUCAAAGAGACAAGAUUUAAAAAAAAAAAAAAAAAAAGGUUCUAUUCUGUGAGGUUAUGUCCAAAAUGUUCAUUAGCUAGAGGGGAGUUUUUGUUUUUAGGUAUCCAGAGCCACAUAAUCCCCACCCAGCUGCUUUGAGAUAGGUUAACCAUAACAAAAGCAACAAUUACUUUUUCCCAGAGGAAGAGGACUUACAAGCCAGGCAAAGUUCCUGUUGAGCACUAUAGUAGAAGAGGUUGAAGGUAAACCAGAGGGGAUCAUAAAGAAGGCUAUGUUCUAGUUAAAGGACCAAAGAAUUUGAAUUUGGGAUUGUUACAUAAACUCUGGGUGUAGGAUCCCAUUCAAAGAACUAUUAUCACUUAGUAACUAUCUUUACCGUUCACACUAAGAUAGUGGGAAAUGAGGUCAAAACAAAGAAAUAGACUUUUGAGUUCAGGAUGCUUUAUGGUAUUUCUAGGUAUGGGACAAGGCCCAAGAUUUGUCAUCUGACCUUUUCCUAGUCCUUAAUGCCUUCCCUCAAAUAAUUCCCCUCACUCAUUCCUCCCCACCACAUCCCACACACACUUCCUCAGUCCCCUCUGGAAGAAUAGUGAAGACUUCUGAACUUUUGAGAUUACGCAGCCUUUUUGCCUGACACAGAAGCAGGUUGCUCACCCAAAUGUAUUUCUAUUGCUAAAAUUAGUGUAUUUGAGAGUUGGGAAGUUUUCCAAAGCAUUGCAUAAUCAUUAAUCAGAUGAUUAUGUCCAAGCAGAUGCAGUCUGAACAGUUUCCUGAGAGGCAUGGACUAACCUUUUAAGGUGUUUUCUGUUUCAAGGACUGACUAGCUCCUUUGUGACAGUCCACUUUCACCCUUAACUGCAAACUCCUUGUCCCCUGCCCUCCAGCUCUGCUGCAUCUAGAACUGGGUCUAUAUAGAAUAAGAGGCUAAAGAGGAACAAUGUCAAGUGACCCAGCCUCAGUUUCUAAGUGUCCAGGUUUGUCUCUUCCUAGCUGUAUGGCCCAUCACCUCUUCUGGGUCUCAGUUGCUUCUGUGAAACAUGCAGUCUAGCUCACCAGGCUGUGAAGAGUCCAUGAAUAUACUUUCAUGAAGUACCUGCUUAGGAAAUGGCUCAGUAAGCCUCAGUUCUCAAGUCUGGAGUCCUGUUGGUUAUGUCAUUCAGAAAGCAUCAUGGCAGCUCACAAAUCAGCUUCUGAGAUUUCAGGAAUGAAUUAGACACUCCUGGAGUAGACUAUUGUCCCAUAAAGGCAAUGUCGCCUGGAGCAAAUCUGAAAGGCAUGACUCAGGCGAUGUCUAAUAAAGAGCCCUGGCUCCUCAAGCUGGGUAGAAGAAACUUACUCCAAGCAGGAGUAAGUAAUUAAAGAAAUUCUGGAUGUGUUCCCAUCACUAGUACUUUAAAGAACACAACCCAAAGUUUGAGUUGAGUACCUGAGCUUAGCACAUACAUAAUUGGCACUCAAUAAAUAGCUCUGAUUGGGUUCUGUUUAUACUGCUUCCUAUUUUCUUUGGCUCCCUUAAAGUGAGAGAGUAAAUAUUUUACCUAUACGUGUGUGUGUGUGUGUGUGUGUGUGUUAAGCACAUGGCACAGGUGAGCAUGGAAGGCUGCCUUUUCACAUUAGAGCAGACAAUCACUGGACCUACUAUCUGAACUGUAGCACUAAUAAUAAAAAGCCAGAGACAAAUAUUGGGGUUCAACCUAAAAACCAGAAAAGCAAAACAGCCAAGCCACUAGAGAAGUCUUACCUAUACUAAGGCUGGGUGACCGCAGACUAAGCAGGUUAAACAGACUGAGCCUCUCUCUCCUCCCAUUUUAUAUUCCUUCUAGGACUGGAAUUAAAGGUGUGAGCCACCACCACUCGUAUUUGUUUCUGCAUUGAUCUUGUGUAGCCCAGAGUGACCUUGAACUCACAGAGAUUCAUCUGCCUCUGUCUCCCAAAUCCUGAGAUUAAAGGUGUGUGCCACCGCUGCCUGACCUCUAGUGGCUUAGCUUUGCCCUUCUGAUCUUUAGGCAAGCUUUAUUUAUUAAGACAUAAAUAAAAUAUCACUAUAUUCCCCUUUUUGUCUAAAAUAAAAGGCUAUAACUAAGAAAAACUAUAUAUAGUAUGUAAAAUAACUAUAUACAAUAUAUACAGACAAUAAGUACAACAAUGUCCAUUUGUUUGACAAAUUCAGAGGAAAUACUGCAUAUCUUCCCUAUCUUGGUGAGUCCAAAGUCUUGUACCUAAUUUACUUUCUAUCUUGCUUUCUCUGUUAAACAAGGAAAACUAUAUCUAGUCUUCAACUUCCUCAGAGACCCAAGAAGGAAAUAAUAUUAACUGAGUAAGCAGGAAGUACAAGCAAGCAACCUCCAAAAGUGUAAUGACAGAAACAGCUGCUGGCUGGGCAGUCGCCCAGAGUUCCUCUGCAAACUUGGGGCAUCCAUCUUUGGCCUACAGGCCUAGCAUAUCCAACAGAUGUUUCUGUGGCAGUCGAGAGAAGGGCAUUUUCUUGUCCCGCUGCUUGCUUUUGCCACAAAGAAAAACUCCAUGUGGAAUUUCUUUGAUGCCCAUUAUCUUCUCUGAAGUAGAUUGGUGCUUCCAGGAGUAGACAUGUCUCAUUAUCAAAAAAAGAAGAACCUAGGUUAUUAAAACAUCUUAAAUGCCAUAUUCUGUAGAUCUCUGAAGUGUUUGAAGAUAACCUGUCUAUCUAAAAUCCAUCUUUGUUUGACCUUGAAAACAUACCUAAUGUGACUACAAGUUUGAUUAUUAUUAUCAAAUAAUAAUACUAACCUGCAUUUUCUUAUUAUCCUUAACAGUUGGUAAUAAUAAUUUUCAAGGACUAGAAAUUUGCAUUACAUUGUUAAAUAAGUUAUAUAGGUACAAUACCUUGAUCAAGAGUAGAAAUGUUUGUACAAUAUAUUCUAACAAAAUUAAUCUCAAUAUACAAAAUUUGUAUACAAUAUAUAAAAGUCCAAUAUAAAACAUUUAAAACUUAAAAAAUAGCUUCAAUAAUCUGCCCUUUUAUCCUAUCAUCCGUAUCCCCCUUUUUUUCUUUUCAAAACAAGAACCUUGGAUCUAAUUUCCUUUAACUUUUUCCUGGCCAUUACCACUAAUAACUUGUAACUAACCCCCUAAACAAUGACAAAUAUAAAUAAUCCAUUGAAUGACCAAAAACCACCCACCCCACUCUUGAAAAUGUGGACCUCAUAUUCUUAAAUUUACUUCCUGCUUUCUGGGGGUGAUGGUAUCUUUAGGGGAUCCUGAAAAGAAAAAUUUGGAUUAAUUGUCAAGUCCUGGGAGAGGUAGCUGUAUCAUUUGUUGUCCAGUCUCUGCAUCUUUAGGUGGUGUUUUUUAGCUUAGUGUUAUAAUAGUCCUGGAGGAAUCGUCAUUGUGGGGCCCCAUCCUCCUUUUUGGGAUUUCAAAGGUUGCUAUUAGGUGUGAUCAUGGUUCACUGCAGAAAACUGAUAGAGACUCAAACCCCAAAUCAUGUAUAGGAAGGUAGGUGAGACUUUUUUUCUAGAACUAAUUGGUACUCUAUAUGACCAUUAAUACCAUGAAUAAAUGUUUAAUAUAUAUAUUAAUUUUGUAACUCUUAUACCUUAAGAAAAGCUUUCAAAGGGUAAAUACAAAACCAAAGGAUUAUGAGAUUAGUAGCAAUAAAAUAGUUCUUAAAUUUUUGUUUUUCUUCUGUCCCAUAUCAGGUGGCUCUUCUGACAUGAGACAGAGAUUUUUGAAUUUCACUUUAACAAGCGUGCUUGGGUUUGAAGAAGGAGAGAGUUGCACUUCAACUCCAAAGCCAGCUUUAACCUUUAGUUGGACUGGGACUACAAAAAGACCAUUUGUAUUAUAUGUCUGUAGAGAACAGCAGAAACAAACAUUUGGGAAGAUUUAUGAAAUUUUACCCUUUUGGAAAUGUGACAUGCCAAUAGGCCUAUUUACUCUUUUUCUUGUGACAUUUUUUUUUAUGGAUGAUUUGUCCUUUCUCUUCAGAUGUCUCAUUUGUCCAGUGGUCUUCAGAUUCCUUAGUUGGAUGCCUUUAUUCUCCUGAAAAGACAGAAACAAUACCCUUCCCAAUCCUAACUUUGGGGAGAUUCUCUUUUGGCAAGUUAUAUCUGAUCAAAUGAAAAGCUUUUGUUAGUUUUAUAGGUUAGUUCAGAUUAAAAGGCCAUGAUAUUUGAUGAACUGUUAUCCCUUCUAUUUACAAAGUGUCUCUUGUUCAAAUAGAAACUUUAUCAAUUCCAAUGGUAUCCAUAGCUUUUCUUCUCUUGUGGAAACAAAAGCAAAACCCCUUCCCCAACAUAGCACAUGAUCCAGUUUCCAUUCUGAGGUCAGUACAACUUUAAAGUAAAUCAGCUGAUUUAAUUCUGUAGUUUUUUCUACUAUCCAUUGUCUCUCCACAGCUGUUGUUCCUUUCUCAUUAGUGUUUAGAAAAUUCAAAGUUAAUAAAGCAUUAUGCAAUCUAUUUCUGGGAGUAUUUAUCAUCCCUUUUUGUUUAUCUAACAUAUCCUUUAGAGUUUGAUUUGAUCUUUCUAUAACUGCCUGUCCUGUAGAACUAAUAUACCUGUAAUAUGCUUUAUUUUAUAAUAAGCAAAAAAACUCUUUCGUUUACUUAGAGACAUAUGCUGGAACAUUGUCUGUCUUUAUUUGUGCAAGUAUACCCAGGAUGGCUAUAACUUCUACCCAAUGUGUGAUUACUGAAACAGCCUUUUCCAAACUCAAAGCAGUUGCCCAUUGAAAACCUGAAUAGGUAUCAAUAGUGUCAUGUACAUAUUUUAGUUUUCCAAAUUCUACAAAAUGGAACACAUCCAUCUGCCAGAUUUUAUACCUUUGAGUAUCCUUUGGGUUACAUCCUGUUUACAUACUGGUGUUUGGUUGUACAAAGAAUAAGUAGGACAUUUCCUUAUAAUCUCCUUGGUUUGUUGCCAUGUAAUGGAAAAGUCCUUUUUAAACCUUUGCUAUUGAUAUAAUGUUUUUCUUAAAUUCUGAGGCCUUAAGCACAUUUCCAAUCAAUAAUUGAUCAAUUUCUGCAUUACCUGGUUCUAGAGGACCUGGCAGAAAUGUAUAGGGAUUGGAUUGUGUUAUGUAUAUGGGAUGAUGCCUAUUCCUGAUUAUAGCUUGUACUUGAAUAAAUAUAUUUCUACUCUUAUUUAUACACACACAGAGAGUGUAACAAAAUUGACUUUAAAUUUGUAUCAAAUAGACCAAAAUCCAUACUAAUGUAAAGUGUAACAUAUCCCCCUUCUUUCUUUCUUUCUUUCUUUCUUUCUUUCUUUCUUUCUUUCUUUUUUAAAUUGACUGUGACCAUUAACCAUUUAUAACCAACCCUUUUAAAAUGAAAUAAACAUUUGUAAACAAUCA